GCCCGAGCGGUGCGCGUGGGCGCGGGUAGUGUGCUUGCGCGCGCCUCCGCUCCAAGUGGCACCGAAGCGACAAGCCCCUUAUGUGGACACCGUGCACCUCGCUCGACGCACCUGUGAGAGGAACGUUAAAUCCAAACCGAGAGCGCCUUUAAUGGACAGCAACUAAGCAUCAGCGAGCUGCUUUUACAUAGCAGCAAAAAGGAUUUUCAAAGAUAUCCAACUAUAAAGCUCUCUGGGGACCUAAAACUGGAUUUAUCAUUUUGAUGCUCUUACCCUGCUGGUCUGAUUGACAGAGUAAUGGAGCAAAGAGAGCGUAGCAGAUCCCAUAUCUGCCUAUUUUCCCAGUGUGAAACAUGAAGGAGAAAGUUAUUCUGAAGAGUGAAGCAAGAGGAGUUGUUUCCUUCAGAACCUUUCACCAUGAGUCUUGAAAGAAAGUACAUGGAAGAGUAAAUAACACAAUCUAAAAGUGUCCUCUGUGGACCCUCAGGAGGAACGCCAAGACCAAUGCCUGCCAGCGACUCAACAAUUUCCCCAUGUGAUCAGCCUCAAGACUGUUAAGCGCAACGACUGUUAUCCUUUUACUGCCCUUGUCUUUUAGAUACAUAUUUUUAUAGUGAUACAAUAUUUAUGUGAAUAUAUCUCUAAAAAAAUACAAGCAAGACUGAAUAUCAAUCAAACGCUCUCUUGGAUUACUAUAUUUUUUGCGAGUAUGGAUCUCCUAAAUUUUUCUAUCACGCUGCAGAUGUUUCUCAGCGCAUGUACGGGACUGCAAUUUUUAGGCACGACGGGACAGUGGGCUCGUUACCUCCGCUGGGACGCCAGCAUCCGCGGCGAUCUCAGCUUCCAGUUCAAAACGGAGUUCUCAGAGGCCCUGUUGCUCUACUUCGACGAUGGAGGCUACUGUGACUUUCUGCAGUUGUCUGUGGUUGAGGGUCGACUUCAGCUGCGUUUCAGCAUCGACUGUGCUGAAACGACGGUGGUUUCUGACAGAAGAGUGGAUGACAACAACUGGCACUUUGCGACUCUAAGCAGGUAUAACUUACGCACAGUUCUAGCGCUGGACGGAGAGGCCAAAGCUGACGAGGUACGGCCUCAGCGCCAGUUCAUGAAAAUAGUGAGUGACCUUUUCCUGGGCGGGGUGCCUCAGGAUAUUCGCACUGGUGCGCUCACACUUCCCACCGUGCGAAAAAUGCAGCCCUUUAAGGGAACAAUCACAGACUUGAAAUACAGCAAGUCGCAACCUCUGUUCUUGGGAAGUCUAAACGUACCCCUAGAGUCAGAGGGGUGGUGCACUGUGAACCCGUGUGAAAAUGGUGGAACAUGCGCAGUCGUGGAUGGCCAACCGGUCUGUGAUUGCUCCAAAACAGAAUAUAAGGGCAACUUCUGCACAGAAGAGGUCAGCAGCAAAACACCAGGCCUCGCACACAUGAUGGCUGAACAAGCUAAAAGCAAAGGUACAGCUUUUUCGAAAUCUUUCCUUUUUCAACUUUAUGAAAGGCAACGCUUGCUCUCAAGGGAAGAGAAUGUGGCGACAUUCCGUGGUUCUGAAUACUUCUGCUACGACCUCUCUCAAAACCCAAUUCAGAGCAGCAGCGAUGAGAUCACACUCUCCUUCAAGACAUGGCAGCGCAACGGCCUCAUUCUUCACACUGGCAAAUCAGCUGACUACGUCAACUUAGCGCUGAAAGAUGGUGCCGUCUCCCUUGUGAUAAAUCUGGGCUCUGGAGCAUUUGAAGCAAUUGUUGAGCCAGUCAACGGGAAGUUCAAUGACAACUCAUGGCACGAUGUUAAAGUGACUCGCAAUCUCCGGCAGGUGACGAUAUCAGUAGAUGGGAUUUUAACCACUACGGGUUACACCCAGGAGGACUACACCAUGUUAGGCUCUGACGACUUCUUCUAUGUUGGUGGAAGCCCCAGCACCGCUGAUCUACCUGGAUCUCCAGUGAGCAACAACUUCAUGGGGUGUCUCAAGGAGGUGGUGUACAAGAACAAUGACAUCCGCCUUGAGUUGUCCCGUCUGGCUCGUAUCGUUGACCCUAAAAUGAAGAUCCAGGGCGAGGUGUCCUACAAGUGUGAAAACGUGGCAACCCUUGACCCCAUUUCUUUUGAGACUCCAGAGGCCUAUAUCAGCUUACCCAAGUGGAAUACCAAGCGAAUGGGAUCAAUCUCUUUUGAUUUUCGCACUACGGAGCCUAAUGGCCUUAUCCUCUUCACCCAUGGCAAACCUCAAGAGCGCAAAGAUGCAGCACGGAGCCAGAAGAACACGAAGGUGGAUUUCUUUGCUGUUGAACUACUGGAUGGAAGUUUGUACCUGCUGUUGGACAUGGGCUCAGGGACCAUCAAAGUGAAGGCCACGCAAACAAAGGUCAAUGAUGGGGCCUGGUAUCAUGUGGACAUCCAAAGAGAUGGCCGUUCAGGCACCAUCUCUGUUAACAGUAGAAGGACCCCGUUCACAGCAAGCGGUGAGAGCGAAAUCUUAGACCUGGAAGGCGAUAUGUACUUGGGGGGCCUUCCUACAGAUCGCACCAACCUCAUUUUGCCUACUGAGCUGUGGACAGCGAUGCUUAACUAUGGCUACGUGGGUUGCAUCCGCGAUCUCUUCAUUGACGGUCGAAGCAAAGACAUCCGUCAGAUUGCUGGAGCGCAAAAUGGCGCCGGAAUUAAGCCCUCAUGCAACAAGCAACCUGGCAAACAGUGUGAGAGUUACCCAUGCAAGAACCGAGGUGCCUGCAAAGAGGGCUGGAAUCGAUUCAUCUGCGACUGCACCGGCACUGGUUACUGGUCCCGCACUUGUGAGAGAGAGGCUUCCAUCCUUUCUUAUGAUGGGAGCAUGUACAUGAAAGUAGUGAUGCCAACCGUCAUGCACACAGAGGCGGAGGACGUCUCCCUACGUUUUCGCUCGCAGAGGGCUUACGGUCUCCUCAUGGCCACUACCUCCCGAGACUCAGCCGACACGCUCAGGCUGGAGUUGGACGGAGGCCGCGUCAAACUCACGGUCAACCUAGACUGUAUCAGGAUAAACUGUAACUCCAGCAAAGGACCGGAGAUGCUGUAUGCUGGGCAAAAGCUCAAUGAUAAUGAAUGGCAUACAGUACGUGUGGUGCGUCGCGGCAAAACCUACAAGCUAAUGGUUGACGAUGAUGUAGCAGAAGGCCAAAUGGUGGGUGACCACACACGUCUGGAGUUCCACAACAUUGAAACAGGCGUCAUGACAGAGCGCAGAUUUGUUUCAAGCAUCCCAUCCAGCUUUAUUGGACAUCUGCAGAGCCUCAGAUUCAAUGGAAUGCUCUACAUCGACCUGUGCAAAAAUGGUGACAUAGAUUUUUGCGAGCUAAAUGCCCGCUUUGGGAUUCGUUCAAUUAUUGCUGACCCAGUCACCUUUAAAUCCAAGAGUAGCUAUCUAAGUCUGGCCACCCUGCAGGCCUAUACGUCCAUGCACCUCUUCUUCCAGUUCAAGACCACCUCCCCCGAUGGAUUCAUACUAUUCAACUCAGGAGAUGGGAGUGAUUUUAUUGCUGUGGAGCUAGUAAAAGGCUAUAUCCAUUACGUUUUUGACUUGGGAAAUGGACCUAAUCUAAUCAAGGGGAAAAGUGAAAAGGCCCUUAAUGACAACCAGUGGCACAAUGUGGCAAUCACCCGAGACAACAGCAAUACUCAUACUCUGAAAGUAGAUGCUACAGCUACAGGUCAAAGCAUAAAUGGGGCCAAGAACUUGGACCUGAAAGGUGACCUCUUCAUCGCUGGACUCGGCCCUGGCAUGUAUGGUAGUUUACCUAAACUGGUGGCUUCCAGAGAGGGUUUCCAAGGCUGCUUGGCUUCAGUGGACCUAAACGGCCGUCUACCUGACCUCAUUAGUGACGCCUUGUUUCGUAGUGGGCAGAUUGAGCGUGGAUGUGAAGGUCCCAGCACCACAUGUCAGGAGGACUCCUGUGCCAACAUGGGUAUUUGCAUCCAGCAGUGGGAGAACUACACAUGCGACUGCUCCAUGACUUCCUACACUGGGACACAGUGCAAUGAUCCUGGGACCACAUAUAUCUUCGGCAAAGGAGGGGGCCUCAUAACGUUCAAGUGGCCAGCCAAUGAAAGACCAAGCACCAGGACUGACAGGCUGACUGUUGGCUUUAGUACCUCACUCAAAGAUGGCAUCCUGGUCAGGAUUGACAGCGCACCUGGUCUGGGGGACUACCUAAUGUUGCAUAUACAACAAGGUAAAAUUGGCGUGACUUUCAACAUUGGAACAGUGGAUAUCAGUGUCCAGGAGAACAGUACCCCCGUGAAUGAUGGAAAGUACCACGUGGUCCGCUUCACCAGGAAUGGUGGUAAUGCCACGUUGCAGGUUGAUAAUUGGUCCAUCAAUGAACACUUCCCAGGGAACACUGACGUUGAACGUGUUACAAUGGUCAUUAAGAAAAUUCCUUUCAAAUACUCCAAGCCGGUAGAAGAAUGGCUACAAGAAAAAGGACGACAGCUAACCAUAUUCAACACUCAAGCCACCAUUGGGAUUGGUGGAAGUGAUCGUGGGAGGCCAUUUCAGGGUCAACUAUCUGGUCUCUAUUACAAUGGCCUCAAGGUGUUAAACAUGGCCGCUGAGAGCAACAUUAACAUCAAGAUUAAUGGGAGCGUGAGACUGGUUGGUGAUGUUCCCAGUGGCUCUACCAAGUCCACUGCAAUGCCUUCAGAUGUGUCCACUACCUUCAUUGAGACGACUACCAUGAUGUCCACCACCACCACAAGGAAACACAGAUCUUCUUCAACGAAGCAUGCACCAGAUGAAAUUGUUUCAUCUGCGGAGUGUUCCAGUGACGAUGAAGACCUAGAGGAGUGUGAAACUGGUAAUCCAGGUGGGCUAGCACUUCCCACAGAACCAGGCGUCAGGCCGGGGCCUUCGGAAGUAGUCCGGGAAUCAAGCAGCACCACCGGGAUGGUCAUCGGAAUAGUGGCAGCCGCUGCCCUGUGCAUCCUCAUCCUUCUUUAUGCCAUGUAUAAGUACAGGAACAGGGAUGAAGGCUCCUACCAGGUGGAUGAGAGCAGGAACUAUAUCACCAACUCAGCACAGAGCAACGGUACCGUCAUCAAGGACAAACAGCAAAGCUUGAAAGGCAGCAAUAAAAAGCAGAAAAAUAAGGAUAAAGAGUAUUACGUGUGACUGGGACUUAAGAGAGCGCUUCAAGUGCAUACCUUUCGACAAACGAUGGUAUUCAAUGGAACCCGAGUGAUCCUUUACUGUGCUGAGUAGCUGAACUGAUGACAUGUACUAUAAUACAAAGCACACUUACUUCUGUAAGCAUACAGGGGAAGCUUAAUAGCAACUUUAGAGACCUUACUAUUCUAUCUGGUCAGAGACAUUAUCAGUAUAGAAAUAUUUCCCAGCUACAUCAUUCUCCUGAGUGACUUUUAGAGCAAUGUGAUCCGUGACAUUACGACAAAAAAAAACAACAUUAUUUUGUAUGUUACAAAAGGCUCAUAGGCUUGACCAUUAUCAGCAUGAAAGCAACUUGUAGUGCUUAACAAGAAGGGGUCAAAGCGUACGAUUGUUGUUCAAGUUAAGACAAAAAAGGACUAUUGUUGUAUCGGAAUAUGACACAUUUGUAUGGUUUCUAAAUAAUACUGUGGUGUCUUAUUUAUUUUUUUGCUUUGAGCAAAAGAAAAAUGGAGAUAAAAACAACAAGAAAACAGCUACUUCUGUGUAUAAAAUGAAAUCACGUCAGCAAACGAACAGCACUCGUUGAAUCUGUUCUCGUUGAAAUCGUAUUUAGUAUAAUUAUUCUGAUUGUCUGACACACUUUGUUUAAAGUUGUGGGGUUUCGCUUGGGAAAAAAAAGCAAAUGAUUGUAAAAUGCAUGUCAUCCUAACUUACAGUAUAAUAGUAAAGUCUGCAGUCUUCAACAUGGACAAUAUUCUAUUUGAUGCUAAAUGAUUUGUUGUUAGACGAAACAAAACCUCUCCCACGUUUGGACAUGCCAAAAAUAUUAGCUAUGGGAAAAAAAUAGCUCUUGAUGAAGUCUGCUAUUCCUGCACAGCAAGUGGUGUUUUGAUCUUUUUUGGGGAAAAAAAACUGUACGUUAGUUUAUUGACUAUUGUUCUCUUUUUCUAUGGAGGUGUAAGGAGAAACACAAAUGCAGUACUAAAACAUUGUUAACGCGUGUAUACAGAAAUAAAUUCAAUGGUCAAAGUGUGAAUUCUAAUCUAUUGUCACAGUCAACUGUGUCAAAAAAAAAACAAAUUUGUUUACAUAUUUUAUUACAUGCUAGCUGUUGUACUUUGUAGGUAGUAAAUUGUACAUAUACCAUAUGACGGUUGUCAUUUUUAGUACCUCUAUUGUACAGACUGAACACGAUUAUCAGCAUAUUUCAUGACAAAGUCUAUAAACUGUUACUCUACGCUGAGAAAAAGAAUGUGGAGAAUAAUAUUGAUAUUCCGUCAGAAAUAAAAUUGUAUUGUUAGCCUAGCGAUCUAACCAGAGAUGUUUCUAAAGUUGCAUGAAUAUUUAUCUACUUGCAGUGUUUCAACCAAAUAAGGUGCCCUUCUCUCUGUACCGAAGCUAUACUGUUUUGGGUUCCAAUAGUCUCAUUUUGAAAGAAAAUAAAGUCAGAAACAAGUCACGUAUGGUGUAUUGGUACAUUUGCCUGACUUAAGUCCAGGCAGUUUGGGUUCAUUUAACACAGUGACGGUGCGAAUGCUUGUCUUGUUUCUGUCCUGCAACUGCUCGGUGAUCAGUUAAGGUAAUAGGGUUUCCAAAAGUAUCGGUACUCAGUUACUUAUUUGUUUUUUUCCUGUUGAUUUUGAGUCACUUCCGGGACAUUUUAGCAGAUUCCGUGGUAACUUCCUGUACAUUUUGGAUCAUUUCGUGUUGAUUUUGGGUCAUUUCUGGACCACCUCCUGUUGAUUUUGGGACAUUUCUUGGUCACCUCCUGUCAAGGGAGUAGGUUUGUGUAGUGGACCGACAUACACGCGGACACUGGUGUUUCAACUUAGGUAAAAAUUCCAUUUAAUAAAGUCACAAAAUAAACAGUUUAACACAAACCUUGGGCCCAACAUAACAGAGGCCAACAUAACAAAAGGCUUCAACCAAACUGACCUGACCUCUAGACACAUCUUUGUGGCUGUUUAAAUCAGGGCGGACUCCACUAACGACCACCUGAAGGAGGUAUGCCAAAUUAACCAAACAUUUUCAACUUACUAAACAACAACAGAUGGAAAAUAUACAUAUAUUCAAACAAUAACUAUUGUGCAUUUAAACAAACAGUGAAAACUUUACUCCAAACAAUCAAAAUUAAAUCAACUUAAAUAACCCCCUUCAGUAUGGUAGGUGCCAGAUCUUACCCAGCUG